UAGGACCCUUGUGCGGAGAAAGGACCGUCGCGUCCUCCCAUUUAUGCAACUGCCGCUUGCAAUCUUUCUAUUUUCAUCCUUACGAUACCUCUUCGUAUGAUGAAGAAAUCCGCAAAACCACUUAUUCUUCAAUUCUGACCUUCAAAAUGCAAAUAAGCGAGCUCUACGUAUACCCCAUCAAAUCCCUGCGACCAACAAAAGUCACCUCGGGCGAACUUACAGACCUGGGUUUCCGCUAUGACCGACGCUUCAUGCUCCUGAAAGUGGUUCCGGACAACAAUGGCGGGCCCCCAACACUGGGGAAUAUGCAUAUCCCCGAGUAUCCCGAGAUGGGACUCUUCCAGACGGCGAUUGAGGAACCCAAGACGGAAAAUGACACUGGGAAGGUGAUUGUGACGUACAACCCGCCUUUGAAACAUGAUGGGCAUGAAGGACCAGGCUUCGAAUUGGGAGAUCAAAGCGAAAGCGACAAAUCCAAGUCGAAACGUCUAGAGAUCCCACUCGAGCCGGAGACGAACAAUUUAAAGGCUUUUACAGUAGCGAUGCACCAGAGUCCGACGACGGGUUACGAUAUGGGAUCGAGCUAUAACGACUGGUUCAGCACGUGUUUCGGAUACCCCGUCGUACUGGCGUAUCUGGGGACCAACACGCGCAGUGUACUUGGCACACUCGCCCCUGCUAAGCGCAAUAAAGAGUCCUGGUGGAGGAUCUGGCAACAGGAGCUCGUACUCCCGCGUAAUGGCAACGGUAACAAGAUCCUCGACCGAUGGCUCGUACCGUUUUCACUGGGAUAUCUCGUUCUCAACGCGGUGAGCUGGUGCCAUGCCCGUAUCGAAGCUGGCAGGUCACCCGCAUCAGCUAUUGGAAUCACAGUCCUGGCGCUGGGUCUUCUCUGGAGCGCGGUGAAUAUGUUCGUGAUGAGGCGUCAUGAGGCGAGAAUCGGAUUUGCAGAUUGUGCGCCUUUCUUGGUUAUUUCGCAAACCUCGGUUGAGAAUGUAUCGGGACGGUUGGCCGGGGAGGAGGUGGUUGAUUUGACCAAGUUCCGGCCGAAUAUCGUUAUUUCGGGUGCGGAGAGGGCGUUUGAGGAGGACUUUUGGGCAGAAUUGGAUGUUGGAAAUAGCUCUGCCACCCCUGAUACUGGUAGUGCCAGUGGACAGGAUUCAAAGGCGAGACUGUUGUUAACUGGGAAUUGUGUGCGAUGUCAGAGUCUAAAUGUGGAUUUUUCGACGGGGAAGAUGGGCACUGGGGAGAGUGGGAGUGUGUUGAAGAAGCUUAUGAAGGAUCGGAGGGUAGAUAAGGGUGCUAGGUUUAGUCCGGUGUUUGGACGAUAUGCGUUUCUUGGGAGGGAGGGGGUUGGGGAGGUUGUCAAGGUUGGUGAUGAGGUGAGGGUUUCGAGAAAGUCCGAGGAGCAUACCAUUACUGAUUGGCCGGGGUUGACGAACUAGGUGGGUGGAUGUCUAUGGUAGUAUGGAACGCUAUUGAUGAUUGAGCCUGGACGUUGAAAAUGAAGACCUUUGUAUAUUUGAUACUAUGAACUCAGUUGGGCCUGAUCUCCGUCUCUGAUCACUUCAUGGAUGGUCACGAAGUAUAUUCCAG